AUGGACUUGUGGGAAAUCAUUCUCUUCUUCUGGGCUCCUAUUUCUCGGCACAUCGGUUAUUUCAAAGACCUCAACAACAAUGUAGAGACUCUGAAAAGGAAAACGAAAAAGCUAAAACGCAAGCAUGAUGAAAUUCAAGCAGAAGUCGAGGAUGCUAUACCAGUCGGAAAGAGACAGAAAGCCCUUGUGGAGAAUUGGCUCACGGAAGUCAGAAAUACCGAAAACCAAGUUGAUUCAAUAAGAUUGGAGCUGGCACUAAGGAGAAUAUGCACCCAUCACUCGUCUCGUUAUACAUUGGGAAAAAGGGUCGUUGAAAAGCUCGAAGACAUCAAAAAGCUCAACAAAAAACUCAAAGUAAAAGGGGUCUUCCAUGAGGUGGCUGAAAGCAGUCGACAUCCAAGGGUGUUGGAAAAGCAAACAUCACUACCACGAGGACAACAAAGCACUUCUGAGCGAACCUUGGAGGAGAUAUGGCAAUGCUUACACGAGGAAGAGAAUGGAAUCAUAGGUAUUUGUGGGAUGGGUGGAAUAGGAAAAACCACUCUCAUGAAAGAAAUAAACAAUAGGUGCACCAAAACACGUGACUUCGAUGUCGUGCUUUGGAUAACUGUGUCCAAGGAUCUCAACUUGGGAUUAAUCCAAGAGGAGAUUGGAAACAGAUUGGGUAUGAAAUUUGACGGAAACGAAGAUAAGGGGGACAAGCUGUUUGCUCGGUUGAAGAAUCUUAGGUAUCUGCUCAUCUUAGAUGAUCUAUGGGAUUCAUUUAGCUUGGUUCAAGUUGGAAUUCCCAAGCCAGACAAGCAAAACAGAUGCAAGAUCGCGAUAACAUCCCGAUCCGUCACAGUGUGCAAUGCAAUGGGGGCUGAUAAGUCUAUUAAAGUCAGAGCUCUUACGCCAGAGGAAGCGUGGAAUUUGUUCAGUGAAAGAUGUCGGGAUGUAGUUCUGUCAUCCGAGAUUCGACCGGUAGCUGAGGACGUUGCAAAGGAGUGCAGUGGAUUACCGCUUGCGAUUAAGACAGUGGGUAGGGCCAUGUGUGGCAAGGAUAAGAAAGAGGUGCGGAGGAAUGCAUUGAGGGCAUUGAAAGGAGCAUCACCUGAGGUUCCAGGUAUGGAGCGUGAGGUGUUUCUUCCUUUGAAACUUAGUUACGAUUGCCUAGAAAAUGAUAGGAUCAAAUCAUGUUUCCUGUAUUGUUCAUUGUUUCCGGAAGAUUAUCAUAUACCAAUAGAUCGGCUAGUAAGAUACUGGGCAAUGGAGGAAGGAUUCAUAGAAAAUGUGAAUAACUUGGAAGAAGCAUCAAACAAGGGCCAUGACAUCGUUGAAAGAAUCAAGGACGCAUGCCUCUUGGAGGAUCUGUAUCAAAUAUCUAAAUUUGUUAGGAUGCAUGAUUUGCUCCGUGACUUGGCUAUUUGGAUCACUUCAUCGUCGCUCAAAAUUCCUUGUGAAAGCCGGGGAGGGACUAGUGCAGCCACCGGAAGAGAAUAUGUGGAGAGGGGUUGUAAGGAUUUCAUUGAUACGCAACAAGAUAGAGCAUCUGGAAAUUUCACCUGCUUGUCCUAA